CUUCAAGUCAAAACGAUGACGUUUAUGUUCGGAUCCGGGUCGGAUUGGUUUUGGAUUUCGGUUCCGUGGAGGGAAAAAUGGUGGGAAGCUCUGUUUCAACGGCGCUUUCUGAUUUCUACACCGUUAACACUGAUUACAAAACAAGAGUCUCUCUCUCAGUCAGAAACUCUCAAGGAGAGCCUCUCUUAGCUCUUUUUUCUGCUGUAGAUCUGCUGCAAUCUGAAGGAGUGGAGGCAAUUAUCAGCGGCGGGAACUCGUUGCUGGAGACAAAGCUUUUGGGGGAGCUUGGAGAGAAAGCUAGGGUUCCUGUGAUUUCACUAAACUCUCCUUUCUCACCAUCACUGACUAAAUACAGUCAUUUGAUCCAAGCUACAUAUGAUUCUUACUCUGAGGCAAAGGGGAUCACGGCUUUCAUCCAUGAGUUUGAUUGGAACAGUGUUGGUCUUGUUUACGAGGAUGAUGAUGAUGACUGGAGAGAGAGUAUGCAACAGCUUGUGGAUCAUUUUUAUGAAAACGGUGUUAGCGUACAAUCCAAGGUUGGUUUUACAGUCUCUUCUAGUGACCAAAUGAUUAUGGAUCGGUUAGGGAAGAUGAAAGACUUGGGGACGAGUGUGUUUGUUGUGCACUUGUCUGAGCUUGUUGCUACUCAUCUCUUCACAUGUGCUGAGAAGUUGGGGAUGAUGGGUGAAGGUUUUGCUUGGAUCCUCACUGCCAAAACCAUGACAAGUUUUCAUGAGAGUACUAGUGGUGGUUUUGGAAAAGAGGCAAUGGAAGGUUUGGUUGGUUUCAAGUCAUACGUUCCAAUGUCAAGAGAGCUUCAGAACUUUACUUGGAGAUGGAGGAAGUCAUUAGGUCAUGAAGAAGAUGUUUGGUCUGAGAGAACUCAGUUGAGUAUCUCUGGUGUAUGGGCUCAUGAUGUUGCAUGGGCACUGGCGAGAGCAGCGGAAGUUGCGAGGAUGGAAAAUGCAUCAUCAACUCUACUUGAGGCUAUCACAGAUUGUAGGUUCAAGGGUUUGAGUGGUGACUUCCAUGUGAAGGAUAAGAUGUUCUUGUCAGACAAGUUUGAGAUUGUUAAUUUGUUGGAAUCAGGUGAGAGAAGAAUAGGGUUUUGGAAUGGUAAUGGUAGUUUCAGUAGUAGAAGACAUUUUAACAAGUUGGAGACCAUAAUCUGGCCUGGAGGGUCUGCUCAAACUCCAAAAAGGCGCCAUCUAGGAGAAUUCAAAAGAAGAAAGCUGAGGGUUUUAGUAACAUCUAGCAACAGGUUCCCAAGACUGAUGAAGGUUGAGACAGAUUCAGCAACAAAUGUUACAACAGCCGAAGGGUUCUGUAUAGAAGUCUUCCGGGCUGCCAUUGCACCUUUUAACUAUGAACUGGAGUUCAUACCUUGGCGCAAUGGAAGUAACUACAACAAACUUGCAUAUGCACUUUAUAGUCAGAAAGACAAAUAUGAUGCAGCGGUGGGAGAUAUUACAAUCACUGCCAAUAGAUCGACUUAUGUUGAUUUUACGAUGCCAUUCACCGAGAUGGGUCUUGGAACUGUAGCACCAAAGGAGACAAGUAUGUGGGUGUUCUUUCAUCCUCUAAAAAAAGACCUUUGGAUAACAAGUGCAGCUUUCUUUGUCUUGACGGGCUCUAUAGUUUGGUUGAUAGAAAGACCUGAUAACAAAGAGUUCCAGGGUUCUUGGCCGAAACAGAUCGGAGUUAUAUUUUGGUUCGGCUUCUCUACCCUUGUUUAUGCUCAUAGGGAGAAACUACAACACAACCUAUCAAGAUUUGUAGUUACAGUUUGGGUAUUUGCUGUCCUCAUAUUAACUACAAGUUAUACUGCAACUUUGACAUCAAUGAUGACGGUGCAACAAAUAAGAUUCAACUCUAAUAAAGAUUUUGUGGGGCAUCUUUCGGGAUCACUCAUUGCAACGAUGGCUCUAACUAGUCCCAGAUUCAAACCAACUAAUACCAAGGGUCUCAAUACUUCUACAGAUUAUGCUCAUGCCUUGUUGAACAACACUGUCUCAUUUAUUGUUGAUGAGUUGCCAUACCUCAAAGUCCUCCUUGGAGAGAAUCUUGGGAAGUUUCUCAUGGUCAAGGCACAAUGUAACACCAAUGGUUUCGGCUUUAUGUUUCAAAAGGGUGAUGAAUUGGUGCCUCUUGUGUCAAGCGAAAUCUUGAACCUGAGGACGAGCGAUAGACUUAUCGAGAUGGAGAAAAGAUGGUUUGAGAAUCAACUUCCAUACACAGCAGAUGAUACAUCAAAUCCUAUAACUCUUUAUAGAUUCCGUGGAUUGUUUAUGAUCACCGGAGUUUCUUUCGCUUUGGCUCUUGUGGUGCUUCUCCUUCUCUGGCUCCGAGACAAAUGGGAAGAUCUGAUGAAUUCAGUCAACAUAUUCCUCACGCGAAGACUUGUAGAUUUUAGGAUCCUCUUCGCAAGAACUAUACAUCCCAACCCCCUUGGUGAGAAUGCGAUGCAAAUGGCUCAACGUAACUGA